UGUUGUCAGCUUCAUUGAAAAGUUUACACAUGAACUGGGAUUUUUUGUAAUGGUGCAGAGAAAGAAGAGGUUAAAAUGAACCUUACAUGCAUGCAAGGAUCGAUAAAAACUCUCCUUUGUUUUAGUUUAAGCUGCAAAAGCUACAGUAGUACAGAAACAUUUGGUGCAAACCCCUGUCAGGCUCAAGUUUCCCUUGUGGGCUCUGCCUGCUGAGUGGACGCUUGUCUCCCUCCGCCCCGUCAGUUGUCAGGGAUGCAUGAGCGUGUGUGCUGCACGUGAAACUUGAGGAAAAGUAGCAGACCUUGAAGUUCAUCAAGUUGCAGCCACACUUUGUGCACACUCUCAGCUCCAUACAAUCCUGAGCACCAUGAAGAUGCUGGCUCUGCUUCUGUUCAGCACCGUCUUACAAGGUCCCUUCAGUGAGUCAGUGACGGUGAGCAGCAGUAAACCUCAAGUGGAGGUCCAUGAGCAUACAGAUGCUGUGCUGCUCUGUGAGUUCAGGACAGAAAAAGACCACAACCCCCGAAUUGAGUGGAAGAAAAAAGGGAAGGGGGUGACUUUUGUUUACUUUAACAACAAGUUCACUGGAUCUUAUGCAGGGCGGGCCCAGAUAGAGGGAGCGACUCUAACCAUCCACUCCGUCACCUUGAAGGACUCAGGAGAAUAUCGCUGUGAGGUGACGGCCAGCGAGGACCACGUCAGUCUGGGGGAGGCGACAGUAACUCUCAGUGUGCUCGUGCCUCCACAUGUUCCGUCCUGCGAUGUGCCGAGUUCUGUAUUCAUCGGCGCAGACCUGGAGCUUCUCUGUAAAGAUAAGCUCAGCGUCCCACCAGCCACCUACAGCUGGUACAAAGACAACAAACCUUUGAAAGCUACAGGAGAUACACCCUACAGCAUCGACACAAAGAAAGGGACUCUGAAGCUUCAAAGUGUGUCUAAAGCAGAUUCAGGGAUGUACCGCUGUGAGUCCUCCAACAGUGUGGGGGCACCCAAGAGCUGUGUAGCCCAACAGCUGAAGGUUCUUGACUAUCCUUUAAACAUGACGAUUUUAGUAGCUGGAGCAUCAGGGUUUGUGGCUCUGGUCCUUAUCUGCUGCAUUUGCAUUUGUAUCUGCCGUCGCAAAGGUUGCUGCAAGAAGAGUAAAAAGGCAAAAAGCAACAAGCCCUUCAAUCCCCCUCCACCUCCUCCUCCGCCUUUCCGGAAUUUCAGGAACUACAAACAGACUCAGUCCUUCAUGAUCUGAGUGUGAAAGACGACGGGUUCCAGUGCAGCUUUGACUCGGCGAGUUUUCUGUGCCAAUCCUUUGCGGAUGAAGUCAUUUCUGAAAUGGCUUCUGAGGCUGUAAAUGUUUUCUUUCAGCACUUCAGCUCUUGGCUGCCACUUUGACAUCAGCAUUUGUUACUUUCUACAGGGUUUUUGGACAAAUUGUAAAUACUGAAUGUUAGCUUUAGGAAAUCUUUAUACAUCUAAUGUGAAGUUGUUUUUGUUUGUUUGUUUUAAUAUUAUUUAGUUUUAUAAACCUUUUUUUGUGUUUUAUGUGUAUUGAACAGGUGUCUGCACGCACUGAAAGGCUUUAUAGGAUCCAUAAAAAUGUUCACUUUUUUCUUGAUUGUAUCUCUUUAUCAAUAAAACUGAAAUACAAA